UCCCCUGUGGGCUGGUGGUGUAACCAGGAGGUUCCUACCAGUCACAUGUUUGUGCGUCGUGUUAUUCAGAAACCCUUCAAAAUGUAUUAUUGCGGGUUUUUUUCCCCGUUUGACAAAGCCUUAAACACCAAUUACAGUUAAAGCGAGAACCAUUGUUCUGUCUUUCAUUGUUUUUGAGAUAUUACGGAUUCAAGCGGUUUUGCACGAAAACAAAUCCGCAUUUGAUGAUGUUGACAUCUGAAUAAUUCGAAAACGGCAAAUAUAGCAGAGCUUGCCCUCAUAGACUAUUAAGCUCAUUCAUUUAUGUUAUUUUUAAUAAACAAAAAAGAGAUUGGAAUUUUUUUAAAUUGAGCGGUUUCCGAUGGUUUCGUCUUUAAAUGUAAGAAGAAGUUGAAUUAAAUCGUCAACAAUUAUUGUGGUGUUUUUUUUUACGGAAAAAAAUAAAAAAUAUAUAGCGAUGGUCGUGAAGUGGCCUUCAACGUUGAUACAGAUUGUAACAAAAAAUCAUAGGUUAAUUAUAAUAUUUCUUUAAAACUUUUGCCUGGCGAAGACAGCCCUUUAUGAACUAGUAUUACUAUAUGUUUUUUUCCUUUAAAGGCAACGAGGUUAAUUGGAGAUUGUGUAAAUCUUAUUUAUUAACAUUUAAAAAUUGAGCACUUUGAUCUGCAUCAGCCACCGUAGUAGCCACGCGCGUGAGUUAUAAAUAGAACAGCGGGUGUGAAUCGAUUCAACAUUUCAACAACCAAAUCGAUUUUUCAUGUUAAAUACGUGAAUCGAAAUGUAGGUGAUUACAUUAUUUCCAUUAAUUAAUUCCCGUCUCGGCGACACGCGUUCGCUGUGGAUCCUGCGGAACUCGCUCCGCCGUAGCUUCUACGCCCUCGUCGUGAUCGGGUCACGGUCAAUCCACUGCUGGAUGAAGUCCUCCUCACCACUCACCCCUCCAAAAUUGGGGACCUCCAAGUGGGACAUCCGCCAGACGGUGUGGGACUACAUGGAGCUUCACGACUUGGCGAACUUCCCAAGGCCCGUGCACCACAGGAUUCCAAACUUCAAGGGUUCGUAUCGCGCCGCGGGAAGGAUCAGAGACCUCGCGGCUUUCGCAGCGACCAGCGCCGUUAAAGUGGACCCCGAUAAACCGCUAGAGGGCGUCCGACUCGCCGCCCUGGAGGCACGGAAGACCCUGCUGGUUCCCACGCCGAGACUCCGAUCCGGGCUGUUCAACCGGAUUGUUCCGCCCGCCGGUGCCUCCAAGGCCGACCUGCACCGGUGUGCCACCUCGCAGGGCGUGCGCGAGUUCAGCGUGCCGCUCGGGCUGGACGCCGGCAUGCACGUGGACCUCGUGGUGGUCGGCUCCGUGGCCGUGUCUGAGAGAGGAUGGCGGAUCGGGAAGGGCGAGGGCUUUGCGGACAUGGAGUUCGCCAUGAUGGCGUGCACGGGCGCUGUGGAUGACGCCACGGUAGUGGUGACCUGCGUUCACGACUGCCAGGUGGUGGACAUCCCGGAGGAGCUGGUGGAAACUCACGACCUGAAGGUUGACUACAUCCUCACCCCGACGCGCGUCAUCAGAACCAACUGCAGCACGCCCAAGCCUCGUGCAAUCAUCUGGUCCAAGAUCGACCGCGAGCUUCUGACCCGGAUCCCCAUCCUGAACACUCUGCGGGCCCGGGAAGAGAGACUGGGCCGGGACGUGUCGCUGAAGGACGCUCCCAGCCUUCACCGCGCCGCAGCCUCUGCCGGAACUCCGGGCGAUCUUUCCGCUUCUCUCCACCGAGAAACUUUCGGCGUCGGCCCCGCCGGGACGGCGGCAGCGACCCGCGUGCGCCGGGGCGGUUUCGUUUCGGCAAGGGGGCGGCGUGGGGGGGGCGGGAGACACCAGGGAAGAGGAGGGGGAGGAUGGGCGAGGCAGCCGAUUGGUGGAGGAGGAAGUGGUUUCGCCGUGCCGGAUCCGGCGAGGGGCCUGGGUGGUGGUGGGGGCGACGGGAUGUAACCUUCCGGUACCCUCGGGGCUUUAAUUUCUCACCGAAAAUGUUCGGGGUCGCUGGUAGACUGGAGUCGGUGGAGCCGUGACUCGUCGUGCUGCAGCCCACCGCGGGAGGUGUAGACUUGACGUGGUGUGCCGGGCGUGGAAAUAUUUUAAGGGGGUCGCUAACUCGGCAAGAUCCGGCUGUAGCGAAGCCCUGGUUAACCGGAUCCUGAAAGCAGCGAUCAGCAAUGAGUGGAUGAUGAUGAUGAUGAUGAUGCUGGGGGGUGUUUUCACUAUUUGUGUCUUGUCGGGGAGAGCCGCACGUCAGGGGCCGCACUAACGGCCACCAGGGGCUGCCGCCAGUGGCCCGCGGGCCUUGUGCCUCAUGGUCUCACGAUGCAUCUCACCCCUGCACACUCAACCGAUGUCAUUGUCUACAACAUCACGCACGCACGCACGCAUGUGUGCUGACAUACACCGUGCACUUGUAAAGCAUUCUGGGUAAUAAAAUAUGGCUAACGUCA